GCGGGCCAACUUGUGCAGUCAUCGCUUACAAAUGCCCACACAUUAAAGUUACUAUUGUGGACUUAAAUGAAGCCCGUAUUGCCGCCUGGAAUUCUGACAACCUUCCUAUAUAUGAACCCGGACUUGACGAAAUCGUUUUUUCUUGUCGUGGAAAGAAUUUAUUUUUUACGACAGAGGUUGAACAAGCCGUUAUUGAAGCAGACCUUAUAUUUGUAUCUGUGAACACACCGACAAAGAAGGCGGGUAUGGGUGCAGGUUAUGCUGCUGACUUGGCAUAUGUCGAAUCUGCGACCCGUCAGAUUGCCGAAGUUGCAACAAGUUCAAAAAUCGUUGUUGAAAAAUCCACUGUACCGUGCCGUACCGCGGAAAGCAUGCGCACAAUUUUAGAGGCCAAUUCUCGCGGCGACAUCCGAUUCGAUAUUUUGUCGAACCCAGAAUUUCUUGCGGAAGGCACCGCCAUUAAGGAUCUACUACAUCCCGAUCGUGUGUUAAUUGGCGGUUUGCAGACAGCCGAAGGUCAGCGAGCCCAACAGGCCUUGGUUGAGGUGUAUGCGCAAUGGGUUCCCACAGAUAAAAUAAUCACCACUAAUCUAUGGUCAUCCGAGCUUUCGAAACUGGCUGCUAAUGCUUUACUAGCUCAACGUAUUUCAUCGAUCAACGCUUUGUCGGCCAUUUGUGAAGCAACCGGGGCGGAUAUAGAUGAAGUAGCCUAUGCUUGUGGACGAGAUUCGCGUAUCGGACCCAAAUUUUUGAAAGCUUCUGUUGGAUUUGGUGGCAGUUGCUUUCAGAAAGAUAUUUUGAAUUUAGUUUAUCUAUCAGAGCAACUUAAUUUACCUGAAGUAGCGGCCUAUUGGAAACAAGUUGUCGAUCUUAAUGAGUAUCAAAAGAAACGGUUUGUCUCCUGCAUAAUUAAAACCUUGUUCAACACUAUUACAAACAAGAGAAUUGCGGUAUUGGGAUUUGCCUUUAAGAAAGACACCGGUGACACUCGUGAAUCAGCUGCGAUCACAUUAUGCAAAGAUUUUAUUCAAGAGAAUGCACAAGUUUGUAUAUAUGACCCGAAAGUCACCGAUGAACAAAUCAUUUUAGAUUUGAGCGAACCUGGCGUUUUUGAUAAUACAUUAUUGAAUAAACGCGUCAUUAUCACUCGAUCCGCCUAUGAAGCGUCCGAAAAUGCUGACGCAAUAGUUAUCACCACCGAAUGGGAUGAAUUCAAAGAAUUGGAUUACGAAAAGAUUUAUGAGAAAAUGCAUAAACCGGCAUUCAUUUUUGAUGGACGUCUUAUCCUUGAUGCCGAAAGAUUGAGAUCUAUCGGCUUUCGU